UAAAUUAAGUUUAUGUUAUAAUAAUAAAAUAGAAUCAAUUUAUAAAGAUUUGUAAUAUAAAAUUUCGUAAAGAGCUUAACUAUAAAAAAAUAAAAAUCUUACAUCCUUAAAUUUACAGCUCAAGAGAAUAUUCUGAGGAAUUUACCUUAUUUUAAAAAAUAAAUUUCAAAAGAAUUGAUUCUAUUUUAAUUAUUAUAAUAAAAAAUAAAAGAUAAAAGCUUUAAAAAAUUAAAUAAGAAGGAACAUCUAUUUAUCUUUCUUUCAAUAAUGAUCAAUAUCUCUAAUCAAAUGAUCAAAAAAAGUAGAAAUUUAAUUUCUACAAAAAGUCUUUAAUUUGUUUAACAAAUGGGAUUUGCAAACCUUAAAGUAAAGAUAAAUUACUGCGAUAGCUGCAAAAGUAACUCAAUGUUCAAAUUGGCUGAGUCAGAACUAUAUGGCAAAUAUAGAAGAACUUUUGGAAAACACAACAUUAAUAUAGAAGGAGUUUAGGCAAUUGAAAAAGAUGGAAGGUUUUAACUUGAUUUGCAAAUUGAUAAUUAACAAAUACAAAGAAUAUGGGAUAAUAGCAAAUAAGGUGAUAUUCAUGAGGAUAACGUGAAUUAGUUACUUUAGAUUGUAGAAGAUAAAAUAUAGGAAUUGAAAACUAAUAAGUGA